AUGGAUCUCCUAGCCACUGGCACCAUGGCUCUCAAUUUUGAAGUUCUAUCCACACCGACAUGUUCGCGCCGAGGCUCACAGGAUUCACUUCGAAAAACAAGCUGCGGGUCAUCCAUUCAGGUUCCUCCGUACCUAAGAAAUAACGCGGAUAAUUCUCGAGAGACUGUGUUUGAAAAUGUUGACCUUCAUGAAAAUUCAGUGGAUUUAGAUAGUAGCCAGGAUGAGGACACACUUGACCAACUCAAAAAUAUAUCUGCUUUGGGGCUAUCAUUUGAGUGUGAAGAAACUGAGCCAGAAAAAAGGCCAAUUUUUGAGAGGUUUUCUCUUGAAAGCACCGAGGACUUCAAAAAUCAAUCUUCGAUACCAAGUAUACCAUUUUCUAAAUGGUCUAAAAACUUUGAACGCCAUGCAAGUCGAAGGCGUAAGACAGUGAGUUGUGAUAUGGGUAUGCCUGCCUCCGAUGGUGAUCUAUUUCAAUCUCCGGGGACUGCUAGGAGAUCAGCUCACAAAAAGUCUUCGUCUGGCUCUUCUUUCGGUUUUGUAACCGCAGUAAAAAGUGCUAGUAUCAGUUUAGCAAGCUUCAGUGUUGCAGCUAGGUCUAAAAGAACUAAAGUCUCAUCACGUCAACAGCGAACCGAUAGGAGCAGCAAAGCAUCUCAACUAGGUAGAAAUUCCGAGGAUAGCUCACAUAUAUCUAAAUGUGCUGUUUUCGAUCAAGCAGUUGUAAAUCGUUUACUCCACCGUCGCAGGGUCUUAGAGGAGAUCAUUAAUACUGAAGAGAGCUACGUGGCAGAUAUUAAAUUUCUAAUGCACGUUUAUGUAACAUUGUUGGCUUCAAUGCCGAGACUUUCAUCAAAUUUUAGAGCCUCGAUUAAUCGUAAUCUCAAUGAAAUUCUAGAGCUUCACGAAGAAAUACUUGGUGAGCUACAUCGAGUAGUUCCACAUUCUGAGUAUACACAAACAAGCCUCCCUCGCUCACCUACUAGAGUAUCACCAGGAGGGCACCAGAGAUGGCGUAGUCUUGAUGCUGUUCCUGAGAAUUCAGGUGGUGUUUCUUGGCUCCAAAGGAUACCGGGAAUGACAGCUGAACCUCAUAUAGCUGCUGAGGUGGCAAAGAUUUUUGGUAAUAAGGCAAGAACUAUCAAUCGACUAUUCAUUUAUGAGGAGUAUGGUGCCAAGUACGAACUAAUGAUCAAGGAUAUUGGAUCGACACAGAGAACAAUUCCUCAAUGGGAUGAUUUUCAAAAGGGAUUGGAAGCUUUGGCUUCAUCAUUAUCUUCGAUAAAUAACCAACAAGAUAGCGCAAAGAAGGCAAUGACUGUUGGUGAUCUUCUUAUCAAACCAAUUCAGCGAAUUUGCAGAUACCAACUGCUAUUUUCAGAACUUUUAAGACAAACACCAGUAUGCGAUUGUCCAGACUCGCACUUGGAAAUAGAAACAGUGAUGGUUAGACUUAAAGAAGCCACUACAGAAAUAAAUCAGGCGGCUGAUGAUCCGCGAAAAAAAAAUCUGAUGGAAAAAUCCUGGCUUCUGCAGGAUCGCAUCAUAUUUCCAGACAUGCCUGAUACUCGAUCCAAAAGCUUAAUACGAAGUCUUGGCCACAUUCAUCUUUGUGGUGUACUUCAUGUCUCGUGGCAAACCCAGGAUGGUGUCGAUGGACAGAACUUGAUAUGUCUACUUUAUCGUGACUACUUAUUAUUAGCCUCUACACCAAAUUUCGAUCAAGUCUACAUCGUUCAAGCAUGCAUCGAACUUUCUGAAGUUGGUAUCGAGGAGGCUGACAAUGGUAGAGGUCUGCAGUGUUACACAGUUCAGUUUUCGUGGAAGAUAGUUUUCAUAUGUGAUCAUCAAUUGUUUGAACUAACUAUGAGUGCCUGUUCUCCCAAAGAAGAGCUCGAGUGGCGAAGAAGAUUAACAGGUCGUUCUUAUAAAGAAAGAAAUAGCAGAGGCGAUCAAAUAUUAUAUUCAUCAUUAUCUUUACCCGUAAAAGCAUUCGGGACAAUUUUUGGAAAACCAGGUAGUAUCGCCCGAUGCAUUUCGGUGCAUCGUGCAACGACAGUUGGCUCAAUUUCGGGGCUCCGUCAGGUUAUUAUUAAAAAUACAAACUCGUUUAAGGAUUCAACGUCUUCCAAUGCAAUAAAUAGGUCGCAAUCUUUAUUUACAGUAAAUCGACCUUUAGUAAUUGCGCCAUUGCGUUCUGAACGUACUCGACUAGAAGCUCUACUCGCUGAUGUCUGGACUCGAGAUGUUUUACCUUUCCCUGGGAUGGCUCACAGAGCUCGUAGUGAACACACUGUUAGAGCAUCUGCGAGCCUAAUGAUGAGAAAACUGAGCGUGGCAAGCAUUGCUAGCAAUUUCACGAAGAGAUCUAAGAGUAUAGCAUCUUUGCAAAAGAAUUCUGAUGAAGAUGACGAGGUUUCUAGAACUGAAGAUUUUGGCUCACAUCAUUCUGUUACAGAAUCUUCUAUCGGUAAAUUUUUAUUUGAAGAGCCAGAGAAUUUAAAAAAGUCUCGUCUUUCCGUUAUUCAAGACGAGAAAGAAAAUAUUUCACAUAAUUACUCUCGCCAAAAUCCUGUAGAUAUAGCUUUGGGUGGCUUUGAUGGCAGAAUUCUUGGCUCAACAAGUGCAAGGGUACCGAAAAAUAAAGCUGGUUGGACUUUUGAUGGCCAUAAGGAAACCAAGUCAUCAAUUCAAACUUCUGCCGAGGAUGAAAGUCGUCGCUACAAGCCGUUUACACUACCAAAAUCAAAUCAGAUGUUCAUAAGUUCUAUCAACAGUGAUAAAGAAGCAGUCAAUUGCUGGGAUGUAGCUCAAUCUCCUCGUAAAGAUUCCAAUCGCGGGAAGGUUAAUGGGAAAGGGAAGUCUGUACUUCCAGAUGGUAUACGUAGUCUUUUUCGCUAG